CGAACCUCAGCGCUGUUUGAUGAAUAGACUCCAAAUCCGUGGGAAAAAGACAAACAUCUGACGAACUUUCUAACGCGGUCCCAGGACAUCACCAGCACGGAGUACUAUGAUGAUUAAGCCAUAUGUGAGACAAGUGGAAGGAGAAGAGGUUGUCAGCCCUCUACAGUGGAUGGAUGGAGACAUGAGUUCACCUGAUGGAAACCCUUCAGUCUCAUCGCACCGCUACAGAGCUGGUGGAGUGAACCAAAAAGCCAGAGAAAUGGGAAGUGAGGAUGCAGAAGAAGAUGAGGAGGAUGUAGAGGAAGAGCAGGAAGAUGAAAAUGAAUCCAAGCGACGAGGGCCUAAGAAAAAGCGAAUGACCAAGGCCCGCCAGGAGCGUUUCCGUGCAAGACGCAUAAAAGCUAAUGCUAGGGAGCGCUCACGUAUGCAUGGCCUGAAUGAUGCACUAGAGAACCUGCGCAACAUCAUGCCCUGUCACUCCAAAACACAGAAACUCUCCAAGAUUGAGACACUACGGCUGGCCCGCAACUACAUCUGUGCUCUGUCUGAGGCUCUAGAGGGGGGGCUUUCCACAGAGAGCAGGGCUUUCAUGGAGACACUGUGUAAGGGCCUCUCACAGCCUACAUCUAACCUGGUUGCUGGCUGCUUGCAGCUGGGACCAGCUCCUGGAACUGGGAUGCGGUCCGAAGAAAGACACGGAGUCCGUCCACUAGCCAACCCUCUGGGUGGCUUGGUGAACUAUACCUCUCCAGGCCUGCCAAGUCCCCCAUAUGGUACUUUUGACUCAGCUCACAUGCUUCACUUGAGGGCCAUGAAAGGAAGACAGUAUGAGAAUCAUUCCCCACAUGAGUAUAAUGCUGGUGGUGUGGGAACCCCUCCCUAUGAUGGCCCUCCUACACCACCUCUGAGCAUCAGCAGUACCCUGGUGCCCAAACAGGAGCCUUCACCCCACUACCCACCUCCACAUCACUACUCUCCUUCUCCUGUAGACCAGGUGCUCUAUCAGACUCAGAACAGCUAUGAUGUACACUUAGAAGGGCCGUAUGACUCCUACCAUCCACCACACAUGCCCCCACGACAGAUAACCUCAGUCUACAGAGAUUAAGAAGAAUCUGGAGCUACAGCCAUCAUUAAAUCAAGUAAAUAAGUUGUAUCUAAGAUCCUUCAUGAAUUCUGACACUGAUUUCUGGAGGACUUUUAGA